GCAGCUUUGAAGUGAACAUCACCACAAAACAAGGGAGAAAGAGCGCCCUGUUGCUUCUCGCACUCGGUCACCCCAAAGGGGCACCAUGGGGUGCUGUGGUGAACAACGGGAGGGCCUGAGGGUGCGUCAAUGCACAGACGUCACCUUCCUCGUCAUAUUCAUCGUGUUUGUCUGUAUAUUGCUCUUCGUCGCAGCGUUCGCCAUCGUCUAUGGCAACCCCCUGCUACUGGCGCACGGCUAUGACAGCUUCGGCAACAUCUGCGGCAAGACCAACGAGGAGCAGGCCGGUGGUCUGGUGCUUUCUGGGCUUGACAUGUCACACAGACCGUAUCUCUUCGAUCUUGACGUGAAUCAAGUGAACGAGUCAAUCAAGAUCUGUGUGAGUCGAUGCCCGGACAGAGAUUUGCUCAGCAUCGAUGACCUCCAAGAGUUUUACAACAGAACAGGGGCGUCUUUGUGUAGCUACAACUUCAACUUCACUGAUCUGGAAAAAGAAACGCAUCUCUCUCCUGAAGACCAGUUUUGCAGCCCACUGGGUCCGUGCCCCGUCCUUCCAGUUUUCCACAGCGACCAAGUUUUAAAAAGAUGCAUCCCAGCAGCUGAUUCGGCUAUUGCCACAGACGUCCUCCGCUCAUUUUAUGAAGUCCUUAACAGUCCAGCAGCUCUUGAGCAACUUCUGGCCGAUUUAUACCAAACAUGGCCACUUAUUUUUAUACUUUCUUUUGUAUCCUUCGUGCUCUCAUUUGCUAUGGUGCUCUUGCUGAGCUCUGCCACCGUAGCUGUGGCAAUAGCAUUUACUGUCACAGUGUCCCUCGCAUGUCUUACUGGAACUUCAGCCCUUUGGUGGACUUAUUUUGAGACUAAGUGGCUCCUCGAUGAAACUCCAAUUGAGCAAAUGUUAGAGGAAACGGCCACCAACGAAAGAUGGUUGCUGAUUUUGGCCGUUCUUGCCACUUUCUUGACGAUAGUGUUGCUGUUUAUUGUAUUCCACGUUGCCAGAAAUGUGAAAUCCCUGACCAUCCUUUUCAAAGAAGCCAGUGGCUUUAUCAAGGCCCUUCCAUCCCUUUACCUGCAGCCCAUCAUUACAGUAGCAGUUUUGUUGAGUCUUUUCUGUGCAUGGAUGUAUGUGGUUCUCUGCUUGGCCACUGCUAACACUCCAGAAGCAAGACAAAUAAUUUUGUAUAAGGAGGACCAAUUCAACUUAACUUCAAUCAAUAAAUUCACACUCCUGCAGUUUGUCGAGCUCUCAUGGGUUCGACUUGGAUGGUGGGUGUACCUGGUUGCAUUGGUGUGGGUGUCGGAGCUGGUGAUGUCUUGCCAGCAAAUGACCACAGCCGGUGCCCUCGUUGACUGGUAUUUUCUCACCAAUGGUAGACAAGACGGUGGAGCGCGCCUGCUGCUCACGUCCGUGCGGCGCCUCGUCUGGUACCACCUGGGCUCAGUUGCACUGGGCUCGCUGCUAAUCGCCCUUUUCAAACUGCCGAGACUUGCUCUGAGGCUGUUGGGCUUGAAAAAGAAGCCAUUGUGUUAUGAACGAGGCCUUCGCUAUGUCAACCAUAAUGCCUAUGCAGUCAUAGCAAUUGAGGGAAUUGACUUCUGCCCCUCCGCCAGAGUGGCAUAUCAAACUAUGGAGGGCGAUCGACUGCACUUCUCUUCUAUAAAUAGUGUUGGUGACUGCUUUUUAUUCUUAGGUAAGUGCUGCGUGACUGCCGUGGUGGGUUGCGUCGGUUUGCUGAUGAUGCGUCAGGACCCUCAGCUACACGUCUACGCUGUUCCUUUGCUGGUGCUGUGCGUCUUUUCCUUCUACGUCGCCCACUCGGUCUUCACUCUCUAUGAGAUGGCUGUGGACUCGCUUUUCCUGUGCGUGGCCGAGGACCAGGCUCUGAGCGUGGGGCAAAACGCUUUCUGGCGGCCACACAUGGUGCAGGCUCUUGUCAAUCUGUGUGCAAAGCGCACCGCGCAACCAGAGAGCCAGCCCAUGUUUUGACUUUAAAAAGUGCAAUUUAUCUUCAAAGAGCUUUUGAGAAUCUAAAGGACUGAAAAGGAACAGUAUAGAUAUUUAAUGUUUUUUGUGCUCUCACUUUUCCGGCGUGCCAAUCUUUGCUCUUUCCAAUCUUGUUUUCAAGUGAUGUUUUGGAACCAAGCCAAGUGUUACAAUAAUGUCUCCUUUUUUUUAAAAAAAUGGAUGUUUUAAAAGUUGUCGAUUUUUAUCGAGAUGAUAAUUUCAAAGGCGUGGUUAAAUGUUUUGCAAAGGUGAGAGUGCUUUUAUCAAAGUACUUUAUAAAGUUUUAUAGUCUUAAAAUAUUUACAAAGUUUUAAAGGCAGUUAAACUUUUAAAUGAAAAUAGCGGCAAAGUUACUUGAAACGUUAACAAUGAAUCUUGCCAAAUAUUAUGCUUUUGAGUAAACUAUUUUGUAACAUAGAAUUUUGAAUGUAAGAAAACGAAGUGUCCAAUUAUCAAAGGUGCCAAGCAGUUUUUGUGCCAUUCCUGAAGUUUUCCACGAACUGUGGUGCCAUUGCCAACUAUAUAAGUUGUUGUUUAUGAAUUUAAAAGUGACAAAAGAUAUUUGUGAGAAAUCUUUUUUAAAGUUUACAUUGUUCAUAUCGUAGGGGAGUAUCUUUUAAUUAAAUCAUCUAUUUUGUUGAAA